AUAUGCAGAGGGCCGCGGGGAGGGGGGUAUAUAAGCGCUCGCGGGCCCUCGAGCUGUCAGUCGGACCCCGGGCCAGCAUGAACGCGCUCGGAGCCCUGCGCCUGGCCUGCUGCCAGCUCCUGCUCCUCGGGCUGCUCGGAGAGCGCGGCGGCACCGAGAGGAGCCACCGGCACCGUCUGCCCACCUACAUGAUGCACCUCUACAGGCACCGGAAGCCGGACCUCGCGGAGCGCGCGGACACCAUCGAGAGCAUCCUCUCCAAGAGUCUGACCAGUCGAGACACACACUACGUCACACACUUCGACCUCUCCUCGGUUCUGUCGGAGCGUCAGAUCCAGGCGGCGGAGCUCAGGAUCCGCAUCCCCAAAGAAACGCGGCAGAGCAACGUCACGGUGGAGGUCCGGCACCAGCGGGGCCCGUCCCUGGGCCGGCUCUCGGACUCCUCUCUGAUGAGCGUCUCUCACCACUGGAGGGUCUACAACGCCACGGACCUGCUGCUGAGCUGGACGGGCCCCGAGCUCUCCGAGAGGGUCCGCCCGAAGAGCGGGAGGGCCCCGGGCCCCGGGAUCCGCCACAGGGCCAUGCUGCUGGUCUUCUCUCACACCGUGUCCGGGCAGAGCCAGCAGGACCGGGCCAGUCUCCUGCACACGGCCGAGAAGUCCAAGUUCUUGUUUAACAGCGAAGGAAAGGAGGUGCGGAGAGACGAGCCCCACAGGAGCAAGCGGGGCCGCCGGGGCCAGCCCGCGAGGAACCCGGAGCCGCUCCGGGGCCCGGUGGACAAGAGCUCGAUGUGCAGGAGGGUGGACAUGCACGUGGACUUCAAUCAGAUCGGAUGGGGCUCCUGGAUCGUCUUUCCCAAGAAGUACAACGCGUACCGCUGCGAGGGGAGCUGCCCGAACCCCCUGAGAGAAGACCUGCACCCCAACAACCACGCUUACAUGCAGAGCCUGCUGAAGUACUAUCACCCGAGCCGGGUCCCCGGGGCCUGCUGCGCUCCCACCAGGACCGCUCCGCUCAGCAUGCUGUACUACGAGAACGGAGAGCUGAUCCUCAGACACCACGAGGACAUGCUGGUGGAGGAGUGCGGCUGUCUCUGAACACCUUCAUCCUCCUCCUCGUCAUCCUCCUCGUCCUCACCAUCAUCAUCCUCCUCGUCCUCCUCAUCCUCAUCCUCAUCCUCCUCCUCCUCAUCCUCCUCAUCCUCAUCCUCGGAGAGCGCUGCCGAGCGGAGAUCUCAAGCACUAUGCAUCCACCAUCACGGAAACGAUGUAAAUAUUUAUUGUAAAUAAACUCUUGAUAUUUAUGUAAAUAUAUAAUAUAUGGACCUUUGUACAAAAGAUAUUAUUUUUGCUAAUAGGA